AUGAUUGAAUACAGAGAGCUUAAGGCCCUACCGGAAGGGACCCACCUUCUAUGUCCACGACAAAACGAAGACGACUACGGAAGAUAUGAUGAUUUGAGCCAAGUGAACGAGGAUGGGAAAAAGGUGAAGGACCUCGUGGUGGAGGCCAAGGCUCGCAAGGAGAAGUUUCUUUCUUCCAUGCGUAUACUUGCCUAUAAUGCGGACGGCGUGGAGGAUCUACAAGCCUGGGUUUUGAGCAGAUUAGACGACUCCCUGGAGAAAUGUGAUCUCUGUAUUAAGGAGUACUACACAGGGAAGAUCUGGCUCAUGGAACUUCUCAAGGAGAACUACCAGGAAGAGGAUAUUGAGGCAUUUGCUCAGCGGGUUGAUGAGUGGGAUAUCAAGCGUAUUACGCGGAACUUGGCAAAUGCUACUACACAGCUUAAAAGCGUCCCGCCGCAGCAGAUUGCUCUCGAUACCUUGGAUCGAGCGUCCUUGCUAGCCAUUUUCGAGACUUUGAGUUGCGAGGCCAUGCUUCGCAGUGACAGUCUUCUGCAAGAGUUUUUUGAUGAACCUUUUAAGCUCAUCCAGACAAAAAGGACAUUGAAGAUCUCCGAUUAUGUCCCAGCUGUCGCCCGCUUCUUAUUUGACUCAAACCAGCUUCGUAGCUUCUGGGCGAUCUCAACAUGGACUCGCUACAGCCGACCUCCAACAACAUUGGAGUUCGAAUGGGCGCUUCGAGAUGGGAUACUCGGUGCACUGCAGGCUGCCUCCCAACAACCUCCACAGAUGCCGCUCAUUCAGCGUCUAUGGCGUGGAAUGCAGCUCAUUUUAAGGAAAUUGGACAAGGAGCAAAUCACACAUCAGCUUCGGGCCUUGGAUAUUGACCCUUGUCGUCUCUCUGUCGACCACCUGGCCAUUCCAACUCCAGGCUUACGAUUCCUUCUUAACACCAUGCAGAUCUUCCUAGAAAAGGCCCCGACCGACUUCUGGGAUGCUAUGCAGACCAUAUCACCGCAGGCUCUAAUUGAGCAGACCUUUCAUAAUCCUCAAUUCAGUGGCUUUUUGAUGCAGGUUCAAGAGGGAGAGCCAUGGGACAAGUCCGUCCUGAAAGAUAUUUUGUCAUGGAUCAGUCCGUUUUUGACAUCUUUGAAGGGCGCUCAUCAACCAUCGGCUUGUCGUGCCUUGGCUUUGCCGUUGUUAAAACGCUUCCAAGACCCGAAGUUUCCGAACCUGGCCCGCUAUCAUUGUUUCCACUCUGGGCUACUCAGCCUUUUGCACACUUUACGAUUUUUCACAGAUGAUGAAGCAUCACGAGGGUCGGUUGCACGAGUGGUCUUGAAAGAGACUAUGGAAGUGUUAGGAGACACCAUUCAUAUCAUUUUGAAUCCUCCGACAUUUGCCAUUGAGGCACAGCUACAGAAGAAUAUCAUGUCGCUCUGCAUGGACGUUGUUCGUAAUACCUUGGCUCUCGAGUGCCAGUCACUUAAGAGCGACUACGAGGUCAUUUUGAGACAAGGCACUCUCUCACAUGGAGUUUCUACAUACUCAGCACCUAUCUGGGAGGCAGUCAUCAGACACCUCCACCCUAACAACCUAUCUUUGUCUCAAUCUGCUCUUCUCGGAAUCCUGCCGUUGGUGGGACUGGAGGGAUUCCCCACGCCCUCGAAAGGUGAAGGGAACCCAGAGAAGCAGCACUUCAACACGAUCUACGGGCAUCUUACAAAGCUGUCCUGUCAGAUUAUUGAACGUCUUUCCGACUUCCCACCGGAGCAUCUCAACCAGUUGUUCUCAGUACAAGACACGGCGAGCGCACUGAUCUCGGCAUUAUUCGCCGCUGACCUGGACACAUACCAAGCCUCUGUUGACUUGAUUAAGAACGUGAGCGGUCAAUCUGCUCGACGCGAUGCGAUCUCUCAUUUGUUGGACACCUUCUUCUUACCGACGAUGUAUGGCCUCAGUUGGUCGUUCCGUCGAAUUUCCAACAUGAAGACGUUUGCCCCGGCCCCUCGAAUGCUCCAUACAGGCACCGAUAUUGUAGAGAUUCUGUGUAAUAGUCAGACUGGUAUGCUUCGAACGCGCAACCUCACCGAUCGUAAGGAGAUUCUCUCAUUGCAAAAGCUGUGGGAAUUCCUAUGGUCAGCCUUGAGUACGAUCUUCGAUGAGACGGAGGCCUGGCAUCUUCGAGGUAAUGACAAGUCUGUCAUGCUAGAGUUCUGUCGUGACACGAUCCAAUUUGCAGAUUUCCUGUUCGAUCAGUAUGGAGUAUUCUUGGGUGCCCUCGGAGGAACGGAAUCCGAGCAGAAGUCGGUAUCCGAGAACUUUCUCAACUCCCCCAAUCGUACCAUGAAUGCUAUGGUGAAGUGGUUGAGAUUAAAGGAUGAGUACCUAGCUAAUACUCUAGUGGGCCUCGUAGCUAAGCUAUUGCGGAGACUGGGUGCGCUAGAUGUGGAAGUGACUGCGGAGACGGCGUUGAGAUUCAUUGAGGGUGUUGCAGUAAAUGCUACCAUCAAAACGAUUCUCACUCCGCGUGACAAGGCUGAGCUGGUUAGGGCUCUAGAGGCCUACCAAAAGAAGCCUGUGGUCACUGCUUCAACUGCAUCACUCAAGAAACAGUCCUCCAUUACUGCUUUUGCCAAACCUUCUGAUCAUUCACUUCCUCCCUCCCAUACCCCCAGCGAAGAUGAUUACGAUGACCUUCCUGAUUCAACUCUUCUUGAACUUUCACGUUCGGUUGAAUUGAAUAAAGAUCGCCGUGCCACUCAAGCAAAGCGCAAAUCUGAACCUUCCACCAAGAUGGGGCUUUCCGCCCACCAUCGAGCUUUGCCGGUAUCAAAAAUUGGUGCACAGCCACAAGCUACACGCUCCACCGCAAACGAUGUCACCAAUGUCUUGUCUUUCCGUGAAAAGCGUGAGCGUGAAAAGGAGGCUAAAAAGCGGCGUGACCAAGUUGAGCUGGCACGUCUCAAGGGACAUCUCCCUCAUGGGGUUGCGGGGCAAACUGCUGAGCAAGGCUCAGGCUUGAAAGGUAUUGGUAUCAUGGGUAAAGAUCACGCAAUUCCUGCAGAGAGUAUGAUGGUUUCGUCCGGCUCUGACACAGAUUCUUCGAGUGAAGAUGAACUCGAUACAGCCCUUUUCGGCGCCAAACCCAAGAAGCCAGAGGCUGUCUCCGCUUACGAACAGAGCAAGAAGCAAUCCCUCCAGCAGAUGCCCGUUAAGAAAGUUCGACGUCAACGUUCCAUGAAGGAUAUGCGCGCUCGUCUAGCCCCGGAUCUCGCUUUCCUGCACCAUGCCGUUUUAUCCUGGGAUUACUUUGCAACCGGCGAUCAACCUCCAAACGCUGAAGGUAUUGACUAUGUCCAUGUUGCCAACAAAUACCGCUCUCCCAAUGAAUACCAGAGCACAUUUCAACCGUUGUUGAUCCUGGAAGCCUGGCAAGGAUUUCAACAAGCCAAGGAAGAAGGAUCGUCCCGGCCAUUCGAGGUUAAGGUCAUGUCCCGAUUGAUCGUCGACUCUUGGAUCGAAUUCAGCACACAACCCCUAGGUCCCCCCGUUAAGGAUUUCAGCCUCGGCGAAGGCGACCUAAUUCUAUUCUCGAGCUCGUCAAAUCCCACCGGGGAUCCCAAUGCUGGCCAUCUUCUCGCGCGUGUUUGCGGCGUCAACCGGAAAUCUGGAAAACAGGAAGUCACAUAUCGUACCAAUCCAGGACCUGGAACGAAUAAAUACCUCUCGUCAUUUGCAACUGGAUCAACUGCCUUUGCCGCCAAAAUUACCUCUUUGACUCCAGUGGAGCGUGAAUUCGGCGCCCUGAGUGCUCUCCAAUACUACGAUUUGUGCGAGGAAAUCGUUCUGGCUAAACCCUCCCCCAUCCUCACCUACGCGGAGGCGAAGCUUGAACCUUAUAUCAACAACUAUUUAAUCAACCUUGCUCAAGCCAAGGCAAUCAAAUCGGCCAUUGACAACGAUGGAUUCACCCUCAUCCAGGGACCUCCCGGUUCCGGUAAAACCAAAACCAUCACUGCUCUCAUUGGUAGUCUCUUGACCAGCAGUCUCGAAAAAACGGGUGUCUCGAUCGGAACGGGUUACUCUGCUGCAAAACCUCCGCCUUCCCGAAAAAUCCUGGUCUGUGCGCCUAGUAACGCUGCUGUGGACGAACUAGUCAUGCGUUUGAAGAAUGGAGUCAAGACAAUCAAUGGGCACGAAGAGAAGAUCUCUGUCGUUCGUCUCGGAAGAGGUGAUGCGAUCAACACUAAUGUGCUCGAUGUCACUUUGGAUGAACUGGUCGCUGCUCGCUUGAACAAGGAUCCCGCCUCUAAUAGUACUGUUGAUAUGAAAAAGCUGUACGAAGAGCACAAAAACACCGACACUGCGUUCAAAGAAGCUCGUUCACGUCUAGAUGAAUGCAGAGCAAAGGGACUGCCCGCCCCAGAGGAGCUCGAGUGUGAGUUCGAGUUGUUGAAAAAGAAACGUGCCCAGGAUAGUGCGGCCAUCGACAAGGGUCGCGAUCAAGCUCAUACCAAUGUCCGUAAUGCCGACUUACACAAAAAGCGCGUCCAGCAGGAGAUCAUCAACGGUGCACACGUAAUUUGCGCCACUCUCAGCGGUUCUGGUCACGAUAUCUUCCAGUCCAUGAGUGUUGAGUUUGAAACCGUCAUUAUUGAUGAGGCAGCCCAGUGUAUCGAACUGAGUGCCUUGAUUCCUCUUAAAUACGGCUGCCAAAAGUGUGUACUUGUUGGUGACCCAAAACAACUGCCACCCACUGUCCUAUCUCGGAUGGCAUCGAAAUUCAUGUAUGAGCAAAGUUUGUUUGUUCGCAUGCAGAAGAACCAUCCACGCGACGUGCAUCUGCUCGAUACUCAGUAUCGUAUGCAUCCGGAUAUCAGUCGCUUCCCGAGUGCUACUUUCUACGAGGGCAAGCUUCAGGAUGGCCCCAGCAUGGCCAAGCUUAACACCCGCCCUUGGCAUCAGAGUGAACUGCUCACCCCCUACCGAUUUUUCGAUGUUCAGGGCAUGCAUUCUAGUGAAGUCAAAGGCCACUCGCUGGUCAACUACGCAGAGUUGCAGGUCGCUAUGCAGUUGUACAACCGUCUGAUUACUGAUGUAAAGGAAUACGACUUUGAUGGUAAGAUCGGUAUCAUCACACCCUACAAGGGUCAGCUAAGAGAGAUGAAAAUCAAGUUCGCCCAACGAUAUGGCGAGGACAUUCUCAAGAAAGUUGACUUCAACACGACCGAUGCCUUCCAGGGACGUGAAAGCGAAAUCAUCAUAUUCUCUUGUGUCCGAGCCUCAAACAGCAAGGGAAUUGGUUUCUUGUCCGAUAUUCGUCGUAUGAACGUCGGUCUUACCCGUGCCAAAACCUCCCUAUGGGUUCUGGGUAACUCCCGAUCUUUGGAGCAGGGCGAGUUCUGGAAUGGUCUCAUCAAAGAUGCACGCAGUCGCAGUGUCUACACCGAAGGCAACAUUGUUCGUCUCCUGGACAAGCCGCAAUUUACUGGCUACAAGGAAGUUAAAAUGAAAGAAGUCGAUGAAGCCGAGCCCGAUGAAGCCCAGCAAACCCCUGCAGAAUCCGGCAUUUCGACGCCUUCUAUCUCUCGUCCGUCCUCGGCCUCAAUUGGCCUUGAUUCGCGGGAGGUCUCGGUGUCGGCCUCGGCACGGGGUACUCCCCCCAUUCCCCUCCCUGAGGGGCCCUCCGGUGGACAUUCGGGCUUGGAUAAGUCCAAAAUGUGUGGACUUUGUGGCAGUGGCGAUCAUUUCACCCAUAAUUGCGACAACGAUGAAGCUAAGGCUACGGCUCGUGGACAAUGCUUCCGAUGCAAAAAAGACGGCCACACCAAGAUGUCCUGUACCACUGUGCGCUGUAUCGAGUGUGGUGAGUUCGGCCACAGGAUUUUCAAUUGCCAGGCCCCACGUUCCAUCUCCAAGCAGAAGAAGCAGCGUAUCCAGCACGAAGAAAAUGAAUUCAAGGAAGCGCAAAAACAGCUGGCUGAGCGUCGACGCCAAUCACAACUUGGCGACCAUGAUCGCAAAGUACCUGUUAUUCAGGCAACUAAUACUACUGGCCGACCGGUUGAGAAUCCUGGAGGCAAACGAAAGCGUCCCGAUACUUCGGUUGCAGAGGGCCCCAAGGCAUCCCGUCCCCGCACGGAAAACAAACCACCAUCGAAGGCUCCCAAAGGCCCACGAGAAAACAAACCGCCAGCAAACGCACCUAAGGGCCCGCGAGCACCUGCUGCGCCUCCUGGCCUCAUCAAGCCAUCGCGAGAUGGGCCUGCUUACCCGAGCAUAGACAAGCCCCCACCAACAGCUCCAUCGGGACCGAAAGCCACGACAAACCCCAACAUUGGUCAACCUAAGCCUCGUCCCCCAAUGAUGCGCAAGAAGAAAGAAGUGGACCCAUUCAUUCGCCCCAAGCCGCGACCCAAGUAA